AUGGGAAAGUUUUGGCAUCUGCUAGGCACCCGAUCAUACCUGAUCGAAACGCGGUUGCCACUGCUGGUCACAGCAGGAGGCGAGGAAAGCAACACCGUCGACAACAAGCUAAUAGAAAGCACAAAAGAAGACGCAAGUGAUACCAAAUCACAUUCAGAGGAGCAGGACGGAGGCAACUUGGGCGAAGCUGCAAUCGGCAGUCCUAGUAAAAAGAAGAGGAAGCCCAAGAAGAAGGCCAAGAAGCUCGUGGCUCCACCCACUGUCCUCGCAGCAGAGGGGAGACUACCUUGGUCUCUGGCUUCCUCAGCACGUUUGGGCCGCCAUGCACUGGCAAAGCGCGACAUCAGUCCAGGAGAUCUGGUCCUCAUAGAGGCACCGGUGGCGGCAGUGGUGCGCUCCCAGUUUGUGAAGACAGUCUGCCACACGUGCUACAGGGAGUUGCCAGCUUUGGCGCCGCCUGGCAGCGUGCCAGAUCGGGCCGCCGCAGCGCCCAACAAGCAGUACUGCAGCCGCGCCUGCGCUCUGGCGGAUACACUCGCCGCCGUGACCAACCCCAUCCACGCCAAGAUCGACAAGAUGGCUGUGGAAACUCAGGUGGACCCGCAGCUGCUGCGACUCAUCUUGGAGCUCGACAGCAAGCGCGCCACAUCAGCGCCACCCGGCAAACCAACCCCGACGCCUGAGGGCACCUGGGUCCUUAAAUUCAGCCGUACGAAGGCAGGACAGCUGGAGGCGGUGCACUGCACGCUGGAGGAUAUGGAGACGCUGACGUCGCCGUGGGACAAGAGCCCCGAGGCCUGGCGCAAGAGUGUGCGCGCCGGCUGCGAGGCGCUUCAGCAGGCGAUCAUUGCAGAGGGCGCCUACCAGCCGGGCUCCCUGCAACAGCUCCUGGACAUGGCGGCGGUCAUAAACAACAACGCUCACGGCAUGGGAGCGGCCAACAGCACCAACACAGACAGCGCUCUGGGGCUGUAUCCUGCGCUCUCCAUGCUCAACCAUUCCUGCCUCCCAAACUGCGUCUUCGCCAGCUGCGGCAGCGACAUGCAUGUGCGCGCAAUCCGGCCGGUGGCGGCCGGCGAGCAGCUGACGGUGACUUACAUAAACAUCAUGGAGCCGCGGCGAAUCCGCGCGCGCGAGCUGAUGGACACCAAGCACUUUGCAUGCGCGUGUGAGCGGUGUGUCUCGCCCCUGGAGACGCACCCCGACCGCUUCCUCGAGGCGGUGAAGUGCGGGGCUGGCGGCUGCGACGGCUGGCUGCUGGAGCAGCGGGCGGACAACCUCUCAGAGGGCGACACCUGGAAGUGCACGGUCUGCGCCACCGCUGUUCCCUCCCGCUCCGUGGACGGCCGCACCGGGCCGCAGGACAUCACCGAGUCCUUCCGCGCCGCAUGGCACCAGGCCGCCAACAUCCUCCGCUACAAGGGGCAUGCGGCGGGGCGGCCGGUGUUUGAGGCAGUGUUGGCGCGCGCUGAGGGUGUACUGCAUCCCAUGCACGUCAGCGCCUUCGACUCACUGAUGCCGCUUGUCAACUGCUGCCGCUCGGCCGGCGACGGCGCCGGGGCGAGCCGGCACCUCGCGCGCAUGCUUGACACCAUGGAGACUGUCUGCGGGCUGCCCACUGUCGAGGUGGGCAAUCUGUACGAUCUGCUGGGUAAGAUGCUUGCCGACCGCGCCAACUCGGUGCCGGCUGCGCUGCGUGCGCGCGCCAAGAAACAGGCGAAGGAGGCAUGGGCUCGCGCGCUGGCAGUGUGGGCUAUUUCUCUCGGGGAAAAGCACGAAAAGUGCGAUGACCUCAGAUCCCGCAUGAAGCUGCUCCGCUGA